UGUGUGGUAGAGGUGCGCGCCGCCAUGGCUCCAGUCACCAGCUCACAACGUCUUGUUCCCAUUAGGCCAUCGCCUUUAAAGAGUGCAUCCAGUGAGAAAAAUACCAUAGGAACAGUGUCUUGUGGUGCAACAACCAUGAAAAGCAGCGCUAAGAGAAAAUUAUCUGAUUUAGGUGCUCAAGACGGGAAGUGCAAACGUCUGAAUACGGGAGGAAGCAAGUCGUCUCAGUCAAGCUCCAUGGGACGCCGGAACGCCCGAGAAAGGAACCGAGUGAAGCAAGUUAACAACAGUUUCGUGACUCUCCGCCAACACAUACCUGGAGCUUCUAAGGCUAAGAAAAUCAGUAAAGUCGAGACUUUGAAACAAGCAACCGAUUAUAUAAGGAGUUUACAAAGGCUUCUUGAAGAACACGAUGCCAUGCUUACCAUGAGUGAGAAAAAUCAAUUCUCAUCUGGCCAGUCUAGAAACACAGUGGUAAAAUCGGAAGUUCCUCAAGAGUACGUGCAGCAAUUACCACAACUCAAUACUCCCGGGAGUGUUGUUAUUCCCCAGCAUGAUAACUCCCCAGCUCCCGAGCAAGCCAGUAUUUUUACGUCAUAUUAUUACCCUGAGAACAUUUCUCCGGUAUCACCAUUAGUUUAUCCUUUAAAUGACGUUAAUCAAGUUCCGCUGUCCUCUGAUGAUGCUUCAAUUUUCAGCGCUGAUGUGAAACUCACCCCCGCGCAAUCUUUUACCUCCACUAUUACUCUGCCCACAAGUGACACAUAUUCUACUAUCAUGACGCCUUCAACUCCAGUCUCUCAAAUAUCUUUCUCGCUGCCUCCUUCCACCCCAUACUCCAACACUUCCGUGUCUUAUCCAAUAACCGUCACUUAUUCGCCUAGUUCCAUACCCACACAAUCUCCGAACCCUGGAACAACUUUCUCACCAGGAUCGCUGUCACAAUCACCAAGUUCAUCACCGGCAGCUAUCAACGCGCCCGAUAUUUCUCCGGUCUACGCUCACAGUUUCGAGGAGAGCAAGCCUUCCCUAAUUCAAGCAAGAAAUUUUAUUAUUCCCGCGUCCGAACUUCCAUAUUGUUACACUCCCGAAAUGACCACAAUCGAUAUUGAUAAGGCAACGGCUACCACCCAUGCUGAUCUCGAGCUUCUUGACGCCAUUGCCUUCUGGCAGGAUUGCUAAUAGAUCAAAUCGCAACGAAGACUUCCCAAAAAAUUGUCAGAGGUCUGUCUCUUUCGCAAAUAAAGCGGGAGAGUCAUCUUCGGUGGUUAAUAUGGGCGUCUUCGAUUGCAGUUGUCAUCGUUGUAUUUAAACCAGUCGAAUCAUCUAGUCGCAUUCCUCUGCGACUGUCCAGUGUGCGCUGAAAUCGCUUCAAGACUCAUCAAGACAUCUUGAUCUCAUCCUCUUGGAAAGUCUCAAAUUGUAGUCCAUAAGAUUAUUCAAAACGUGCGCUGUAUAUGACAUUUUCUAUGGAGUUUUUGAGUGUUGUUUACUUACGAGUCAAAGAAAGUAUUUUUUGGAGACCGCUAAGUUAACCUGCAAUGUUGUGAAUUUUAAUAUACUCAUAUGUCGAAGCAUUCCAAUCUAUUAUAAGUUAAAUAUAUAGUAUUAAAGUAGAUUGAAAAUUUCCCUAAGGCACGUUUGUACCGCUGUGGAAAAUCUACGGAUCUCUGAUGUGAACUUUGAGUUACUAACGUGUGAAUAGAUAUUGUUAUCUAAGUACUAAGGACUCACUGAGGAGAUCGUUUGGAAGAGUUUACUGUACUUAGUAGUUGAUUUUAAUGUUAAGGGCACUCGCAAGCUUUGACACGGAGCAUGUUUUAGCCUCAUUAGUUUAUUCGAUGUUGCUAAUGAAUGAAUUUUAACAGAGGUAGAGUAAUUACGAAAUCAUCUAAAAGUUCCUUCACUUGAGGAAAUAUCCGGCAGACAAAUGUUGAAGAUGCAUUUAAAGUUGAUACGUAGUGCGUAGAAUAUAUGAGGCGAGUCAAACAAUUCAAAAUGUGCUUUGUAUUUGAAUUUCUUCAUGUUGUUUAAAAUGACUUGAACCUUAACUAUGUUUUACUCAAUUAAUUUAAAGCCAAAUACGUCUUAGUCACGCAUUACCUGAUUGCUCAAAACAUUUGGUCUCGUUUUGAUAAGUUGGCUGUAUGGGCUCAAAGACAUAUAUGAACGGCCCGUCGAAGUAAGGAUUAUUUAUGAUAAGAAUGACCGUCCUUGAAAACAGACUAUGUCUCGGCUUGUUUAGUUAUAGGUUUAUUUCUUGUGUCCAUUUGAUGGAGACCAAACAUUCCAGUAACGCAACUUUAAUACGAAAUAUCAGUGGCUUAACGAUCUUUGUUACGAAUAACCUCUAUGCAAAUAGUAACUAUACCUGCAAACCUCACAGUCUUGUAUAUCGAGAUAUUCCUCAUCUGAAUUCUUUUCUUAAUCUGUGAGGUACAUUAUUUUAUCUUGAUUUCUAAUUGGCUCAAUCGCCAUCAAUUUUUCUCCUCAGUAGAUGAAGCAGUGGUCAAGUGAAGAAGCAUACAGUUUUCAAGCUUAUACUUGUAGUGACGCUUCUCAGUCAUUAAUUAUGCGUUGCAAGCCAGAGUUAGAAAAAAAUAUCUAGUUAAACGACCGGCAAAUGUAUCGCGAUGUACGUUAGCAUUACUGCAGUAGAAUCCUCGUGAAUAAUCCUUUAUUAAAGAAAGUCCUGAAGUAAUAGUCUGCGAAGUUGCAACAUACUCUUUGUACCCUAGACGAGUUGGGUUAAGAUUUACAAUGACUAUGUUCAUUUUGCAGUUGAUUUUUUCGCCGAAGUUUACUGAUGAGACGCUCGAACUUUCCAAUCACCUCUCCCCAACAAAUUAUGCCCGAAAACUUGUAUUUACGAUUGUUAUUUUCCUCUUUUGCUACACCAGCCUGAAUGCCUACGCGCAUGUCCCAUUUCAAAUCUGUGCUCCAGAAUCUAUGCGUGUAUUUUUAACACGUGCGUGUACCGGAUAAAAAAUCCGCACUAUAUUUGAAUCGAGACAAUGUAAUUAUUUGUUCAGCGCAGCAUAUCUACGGAAAGAAAUUCAAUGCAAUCACUUGUUUUUGGUCCUACGUGACAGGCAUAUUCUUGACACGGUGUAGUUUCUCACACCAUGUUGCAAUACAUGUUAUCUGAGUUGUCGCCUUUCUUAUGUACUCUUCUACCCUGAGUGCCUUAACACGUUCAAGUUUAUUACUGUACAAAUAUAUUGGCAUUAUUGUAAUAAAUAUUAUA